CAUCGAUCCAGACGCCGCUAACCCGAUCCGACGGCCGAGACGCGAACGGUGGCGCACGUUUUUUCGAGUCUAGAAGACGUCACCGGCCACGCGCUCCCUCGUUUUCAUUUCAUUUCCGCGGCAAUUCCCCGUUUUCUUCCUCUGAUCUCUCCAUUUAAAGCCUCGCCUGCCCGAACAAGAGAAUUCAUUUUGAAAUUCCUUGAAAUUUCACACACACAGAAAUAGAAUCAUGAGUUUUGAUCUGGAAUCGCUGUCGGAGGCGACUUCCGGUGCGAUCGGUUCGCUCGUCAGCACCACCAUCUUGUACCCACUUGACACCUGCAAGUCCAAGUACCAAGCCGAGGCUCGAGCCCAUGGCCAACAGAAAUACAGGAAUCUUUCAGAUGUAUUAUGGGAGGCGAUAAAAUCGAAUCAAGUUCUUUCGCUGUACCAGGGGCUGGGGACCAAAAAUCUACAAUCUUUUGUUUCUCAGUUUCUGUACUUCUAUGGGUAUAGCUACUUCAAAAAAUUAUAUAUGGAAAGAACUGGUGCUAAAUCAAUUGGAACAAAAGCGAACCUGUUACUUGCUGCUGCUGCUGGAGCUUGCAAUGCCAUUUUGACUCAGCCCUUGGAUACAGCCUCCUCAAGAAUGCAGACAAGUGCGUUUGGAAAAUCAAAAGGGCUUUUCAAGACCCUGACAGAGGGCACUUGGAGCGAUGCCUUUGAUGGUCUUGGAAUUUCUUUGCUGCUGACUUCCAACCCUGCCAUUCAGUAUACAGUUUUUGAUCAGCUGAAACAGAACCUCCUCAGUGGAAAACCGAAUAAAACAGAACAAGGUUCAUCUCCAGUUGUACUGUCUGCAUUUACAGCUUUUGUAUUAGGCGCAGUCUCGAAGAGUAUUGCCACCAUUCUGACAUAUCCCGCAAUCAGGUGUAAGGUGAUGAUCCAAGCUGCAAAUGAUGACGAAAUCAAGAAAGAUCGGCGGAAAGUCCGCAAAACUGUUCCAGGUGUUGUCCAUUCUAUAUGGAGAAAAGAAGGAAUACUAGGAUUUUUCAAGGGAUUACACGCACAGAUCUUGAAGACUGUACUAAGUUCAGCUCUACUUUUAAUGAUAAAAGAGAAGAUCUCUGCAACCACUUGGGUUCUAAUACUUGCAACCAGAAGGUAUUUAUUUCUCACCAGGACUAAACUAAAAAGUAGCUGAAGGUGUUAAUAAAAGGACCAAAAACCUGUGAAGAAGAAGAAGAAGAAGAAGAAGUAAUAACAUGGGAAUAAACAUCAUUCCCAUUGGAAUAAUGCAAGCUCAGUUAAUUUUUACCAAAAUAAACAUCUACUUAAUGGAGUCCAGUAUUGAAUGUUGAAGCUACUGGCGUGAAGCUGUUUCUUUUCUUUUUUAGAGGAUUCUGUUCAGUUAGAACGUGCCAUAGGCUUGAAUAGAUUAAGCCAAUGCCAUACAGCUAAAUUUUUGUAUGUAACUUAGUUUGUAACUAGAGAUUUCAACAUAGACAAAUUCUUGUUGAGUUGGUCUUAAGAUUGGUGAAGGUAAUGCAAGGAGUGUGGCCCCUGAUAGCUCCAUUACGAAAAGAAAGCAUUCUCUUGAAUUUCUAUAGCCUUGGAUUAAAUAAUCAAAAGUGAUUUUGAAAAA